GCAAUUCAUUAUGUGUUUCUACUAGUAUAUAAAUGAAGCUGAGGUGAAGCUGAAGAAAUACAAAAACAAAGUUAAUUGUCACUGGCCUCAUUCACUAGUGAAAAAGAAUGGAAGGAGUAGAAAAAAGUGAGGCAGCAUAUGUAGAUGAUGAAAUAGCCCAAGCACAAGUCAAGAUAUGGAGAAUUCUUUUUGGUUUUACCGAAAUGGCUGCAGCCAAGUGUGCAGUUGAGCUUGGAAUACCUGAUAUUCUCGAAAAUCAUGGGGAUCCGAUGACACUUUCCCAGCUAUCUUCAGCUCUGAAUUGCUCAUCAACAGCCCUUUUCCGGAUCAUGAGGUUUUUGAUGAACCGAGGCAUAUUUCAGGAGAAGAUCACAAAGCAAGGGUCCAUGGGGUACGCUCAAACUGCGUUGUCUCGCCUACUGACUAAAGAUGGAAAUGAGAGCUUGGCUAGCAUGUUAUUGUUUCAGAGCAGCUCUGCUAUUAUUGCUCCAUGGCAUUACCUUAGUUCCCGCGUGCUGGAUGACAAAACGUCAGCAUUUGUUCGUGCUCAUGGCAUGGACAUAUGGCAGCAUGGAGCUGAAAAUCCUGACGAUGCCAAGCUACUUGAUGAAGCAAUGGCUAGUGAUACUAGGAGAACAAUUCCUGCAGUACUUGAAGGAUGUCCUGAGAUAUUUGAUGGCUUGAGUUCCGUGGUAAAUGUUGGAGGUGGCGAUGGGACAGCACUUCGCAUCCUCAUCAAAGCUUGUCCAUGGAUUCGUGGAAUCAACUUUGAUCUUCCUCGUGUGGUGGCUGCUGCACCAGAAUGUGAAGGCAUGGAACAUGUUGGAGGAGACAUGUUUACCAGUGUCCCUAAAGCCAAUGCUGCUUUCCUCAAGUGGAUCUUGCACGACUGGAACGAUGAUGAGUGCAUUCAAAUCCUGAAGAACUGCAGAGAAGCUAUAUCUGAAUAUGGCAGUGCUGGGAAAGUGAUUAUUGUGGAGGCUGUGAUUGAAGAAAAAGGAGGAGACGAGCUCAAGGAUGGGGGGCUGGUGCUAGAUAUGGUGAUGUUGGCACAAACUGACAAGGGCAAGGAAAGGACUGCAGAGGAAUGGACAUAUGUUCUGCGUGAGGCCGGAUUCACAAGGCACACAAUCAAGAACAUUCAGUCUGUGUUAUCUGUUAUUGAGGCUUUUCCUUAGUUGGAUGGAGAUCACACUGUACGAUGAAUGUGCUGCUUUUUGUUUGGAAUAAUGUAGCGUUUUAUUGGUGCUGCGCGCUACUAGUUUGGAAUAAUGCAACCAAUUGUUAAUCAAAUAAUAAAAGUUUUAACUAGAAUGAAA